UGCAAGUUUGCAAACGACGAAGAAGAAGCCUCAUCCUGUCCUUUACAGUCAAUGGCCUAACGAAGAGCCCUCCUCUCAAACAUGUCGCCAAUGAAGCUGUGUGUUCCUGGUGACAAACUGUGCAGCGUAGAAGACUGUACUCCUGGCACAGGCGUAUACCUGCGGCAUGGCUACAUCUACUCCUCACUUGCAGGCUAUGUGCUGAAGAAGAACGAAGGCGAGGAGGUGAGAGAGUUACCGGUCAUCUCUGUUGUGAGAGAAACCGAAACCCAACUCCUGCCUGAUGUAGGAGCAAUAGUCACAUGUAAGGUAACCAGCAUAAACCCCAGGUUUGCUAAGGUCCACAUCCUUUACGUCGGCUCCACACCGCUGAAGGACCGCUUCAGGGGAACUAUCAGAAAAGAAGACGUGCGAGCAACAGAGAAAGACAAGGUAGAGACGUACAAAUGUUUUAGACCUGGAGAUAUUGUCCUGGCCAAAGUGAUCUCACUGGGUGAUGUGCAGUCCAACUACCUGCUGACUACAGCUGAGAAUGAACUGGGUGUAGUGGUGGCCCACAGCGAAGCAGGUGCACAGAUGGUUCCCAUCAGCUGGUGUGAGAUGCAGUGUCCACUGACGCAUGCCAAAGAGUUCCGCAAAGUGGCAAGAGUCCAGCCAGAGUAUCUGCAGGCUUGAAAGCUCUUAUAGACUUCUUUUCCUCCACAAGGAACACACAGCUUCCCUUCUCCUGAUCUCUGGGUGACCAAGGAGCCUGCUGAUUUGUUAGGAUGAGACUGGAUGACGAGUGUUUGGACACUUGCUGGCUUCAUAUGUCUUCAUAUUUUUUGGUCAAUAGUGUGCUGUCAGACUGAUGCAACCUCAAUUCUAAUUGCAACAUUGGUAGAACACAACGUGUACUAACAGUAUACUGUGGUCAAGUGCUUGUUGCCAGCUUAAUUACAACCUGGCAGUCUGAUUAGAGCUGCAAUAAAUUCUGUUGCAGUGCAGCAUUCCAGUGUCUCAAGACAGGUGUUGGAUACUCUUCUUUUCCACCAGUCAGUUAGGUUGCACCAAUAACUUCAUACUCUAUCUUGCAGUCUGGACUGCAACAUAGAGGAAACGUAGGUGCAGCUUAAUGAGAUUGUGCUUUGAAUUGGCAUUUUUUGGUGCUCACUUUUCUCAACGCAUCAAUCGAUUCCAUUUUCAAGGUGAAGUGAUAAACACCUUUCACGCAACACGUGGAAGUAAAUGUCUGUUUUCCAGCUCAUCAUGAGCCAGCGGAAAAGUAUUUUAUAAUGAAAUGAAGAACACUUGGAUCUCUUUAGCUUCACUGCAGAUGUCUGCACAAGUUAAAUAAAAUGGAAGCCUAUUGCUCUU